AUGGAUGGUGAUCUGAAUGAGAUGUACGCUCAACUCAGGUUAACUGACUGUGAACAGUCUGUUGUGACGUUGGAGGAUGUGGUGGAUGAGGAAAUUAACGACAAAGCAGACCUUAGCUUAGUCGGUAGACUCUUGACAAAGAAACCCUACAAUUUGAUCCAUAUGAAGAAUGCACUGACUAGUGCGUGGAGAUUAGCCAAGGGUUUUGAGUUAAGGGAUAUUGGAGACAACCUUUUCGUGUGUGAAUUCAACGCUAAGCAGGAUAGAGCCAGAAUUCUUAGCGAGGCGCCCUGGCACUUUGAUAAACAACUUAUCCUUUUUGAACCCUUACAUGGCAAUAUGCAACCUAAUAAUAUGUUAUUGAUGACAGUCCCGGCGUGGGUUCGCAUAUAUGAUCUGCCUUUAAACUAUAGAGGUAAGGGUGCGAUCACUAAAAUUGGCUCAAAAAUAGGUGCAGUCAUUGACUGGAAGGAGGAUGACGGUGGUAGGUGGGGAAGGUAUGGACGGGUCAGAGUGAUGCUAGAUGUAUCGAAACCUAUCAUUCGGGGUACUAAAAUUGCCAACUCCCUUGGUGAACUGAGUUGGGUUUCGUUUAAAUACGAACGUAUUCAUAAUUACUGUUACUGGUGUGGGAUGCUCGAUCACUUGGUGGCGGAGUGUGAGAUUAAACCUGAGCAUAUGGAAGUUUCAGACUGGCCGUAUGGACCUAAUUUGCGAGCUACCCCGAAAAAAAGACAAUUGAUGGGAACCAAGGUUACUUCGUUUUUCAGGAACCAGCUCUCAGAUGAAUCAACAGCUGCAACUCCACAGUCCAGCGAGGGGGGAAUGAAUAGAUCGGCCAGGAGGGGUCUAAACUUACAAGAAGAGCAGUGUGGAGGGUCGUUCAGUAAUCAUAAGGAAGACCAACAGAUGGCUUGUGUGGCAGAGAAGGACGCUCAGGGAGAAGUUAUUACACAUGAUCAGAUCAGUAGCAAGAAUGUUGAUCAUUCUUUUGUUGAAAUUAAUAUAGCGCAAGUGUCCAGCCUCAGCUUUAUACCCGACAAGGCUGAGGCAUCGAAAAAGAAUGCUGAGAUGAGUAAGAAGGGAGGUAAAGCGGAUAAGAAAGGUUCACGGACCAGAAGUAUGGGACAUCAGAGUGGGAAAUCUAUGGAAACUAAGUCUGGGGAGGGCUCAGGGACGAUAAAAAGAGGUUUUGCUGCAGUUCAAUCUUCAACUGAUCCAUCUAAUUUUUUCUCAAAAAGGGCUAGAGAUGAAUUUGUGGGUCAUUUUGAAUCAUGUGAGAUAUCGGCGGAGACUGUUAAGCAGUCUCGCCGGACGCCAUGA